UCAAGUACUACUUUGUCGUAAGAUUAAACUGUAAAAUCUGUGUAACACCGAACAACAUUGCAAAGAAAUAGUUUUACAAGUGAAAUUAAGUGUACGGAAUAUCCACGUAUGUAUUGCGAGGAUGUACAGUGAAAGAAAAAUAUUCGCCCUUGAUUCUCUUGAAAAGUCCCGCUUGCCGACUGCCUCCUCUGAUGUGCGGUCGGUAGAUGUCACGGUUUAUUGUUGAUUACGUUCAAAAUGGUGGCCUAUAAUGGGAGCUGCGGGGUAAUAUUGUUCGAUUCCCCGCGAUAAUCGUGCCCGUGCGAAGUUAAUUCGCCGCGGUGUCCACACAAAUACGGGAUCCCUGGUAUAUCCGGAAUGCACGCUCUCCCUCGGACAUCUAAAUCAUGUGAACAUGAUCACGGUGGCAGCCGAUCGUGCGCCGUGCACUGGGCCAAGUUUCUGUAGCCAUAUUUACUGUGUUAUUCCGCGAGACGUUUACACCUUACACACCGGCGAAUGUAAUUGAUAGCCAACACAUAUGGUCGUUUAUUAUUAAAAGUAAAUUCAUCUACUUGACUCGUUUUUUUCGUGAUAAAGAAUCCAGCAGCGAUUUCAUUAUCCCCGAAGAUGAGCUGCUAUAUACAUGAGGAACAUUUAAGGAUCCUGUGCACAUACAAUAGGAUAUGAAAAGACGCUAUACUUGAUUCUUUUCGAUUCUCUAAAAAAGGCGCACAUUUAUUAUUAGCUGUGAGUUAAAAUUCAUCACCGUUUGUAAAAUUUGCAACGAGCGUGAGUUGUGCAAUACCGUGCAUCGAGGCGCAUGGAUUCUCUUGUUAUUCCUGUGCUACACAUUGAAUUCUGUAGUGUACCAAGGAAUUCACGAGAAACGCUAAGAUGGAAGAGCCACUAUAUCAUAUCGUCAGCCCUAAUUACUGGAUGAAAUUUUACGAACUAUGUGUACAGUGAAAAUAAGUUUCCAGUAGUUUUCUUUUUUAUUUGUGUAUAAGAGGUAUGGACAUAGAAAAGUUUUGACAAAUCAUGUUAUGAAUACCACAAACUAUAUGUGCAACGUAUUUCUAUAUAUAAGAGCCUGCGGUACGUGGAUCAAUCAGGCUGGGCACUAUUGUGCCAAGCUUGGGUAAUGGAUCCCGUUCGUCCAUGGUACGCAUCAUAUAAUCGUCUAGCCGCGAACAGUGGAACCAGCACAUUUCAGUCGACGAGCACAGGCAGCGAUCUUGUAUCUCAUCACUUGACAACUGCUAAUCAAGCAGUUCCUUCUACGACGACGUCUCAGUUACUUUUACAAGCAGCACAUACAACAGCAACUCUGGCGGGACAGCCGUCUCCUUUUAACCCUGGGGGGUUCCUGUCUCCACCCCCUGUGGGAUACGACGUCUUCUCGCCUUUAUUUCAUCAUUCGAAUCCGAAACAAGCACACUAUGUUACUCAACAUAGACAAGCCCUUGCUCAAGCACAAGUAGUGUCCGUAACGAAGCAGAAUACGACGACUGAACCUGAAAUUCCUGUGCUAAGGGAGAAUUAUAGUACGGCACACCAGCCGUCAUUUUUUGAGCAUCAAGGUGCAACGUCGCCUACGACUUCUGCACUGGCCUGGAGUCAACAACAGAGUAACGCACAACUACCUAGUCCGUUUGGAAUCUUGCCUCACGAAAGCAUCGUCCCGUCAUCUCCAGGACCGUCGAUUACGAAACCAGCCACCGGCGUCUACGAAAAUACGUUUAACUCUCAUUUUGUCACGACGCAAACUAUAAAUAAUUUAAAUCCUCAAUUAACUACGUCUCCCGUCUCUGCCGAGUUCAAAUCGUCGAACUUCCCAGACAGUAAGAAGACGGUGAACGUACGAUCUCAAUCGCCGACAGUAAACGUUAAAUCAGUAGUUUCUACGUCUCAGGCGAACAGCACUCAAACUUUCUUUCAACAAGUACCUACUACGUUCAAUUCUGAUACAUUGACAAAUAAUUAUUCUGGGAAUCAAACUACGAAUGGGAAAGUGCAGCCUUCCCUCCAGCAUCAGCAGUCAUGCAUCGUUUCGACUCCAAAUAAUACUAGCAAAGACUACAAGAUUCCUCAACCACCUGCUAGAUCCGUUGCGUCGACGACUAUAUUCUUAAACACGUCCGUCAGAUCUGUAUCUUCGCAAGUCCAGGACAAACAAAUCACGCGGAACUUCGCUUCGCCACCGAACAAAGCAGGUUCCACGUCGCAACAGAAUAUACAAACUAAAGCACAGACGAAAAUAUAUCCAGAAUUAAGCACACACGCUGAUAAACGAAACGAACAAACAUCCCAUGAUAACUCUCAGUCGUCCCCGAUCAGCUUCUCCAUUAUGGAUUCACGCGGUUUGAAUUACACUGUCGGAAAUACUGCGAAUUGUGCGAACACCACUGGGAAAUUGAACAAUAAUCAAAGGACUCAAUCGAACAGUAACUUGCAAACUCAUUCUCAACAGCCGCAGCAGCAGCAGCAGCAGCAGUUCCAUGUUUUGAACCAACAACAGCAGCAGCAGCAGCAGCAGCAACAGACACCGUACAGGCAUUAUCUAACAGGAUCUACGACUGAUAGCGAAUAUCAUCACUCAGGAAGAUCGAAAUCUGCUACUUCUACGGAUUCUGCUUAUUCGUCUAACACAUCCACUCAGAAUGGACCUGACUGUAGCGUUGUCGUACCUAGAAGGCCAAGUCCGUUGCAAGCUCAUUCGCAAGCAAGUCCAUUGGGGCACGUUCCAAGCCCUGCUUACCCUAUGUACAAUAGCCCGAUGGCCACUAUAUCUUCUCCCUCGCCGUUGCAACAGCAUACAGAAAACGGAAAUCAGUGCACAGCUGCACAACCGUAUAAAGCUGUCGUACAGCAACAGGUCACGCCACCGUCACCUUUGGACGUGACAGUACCGCGACCGGCAUCGCAGGGACAAGUCGCUUACUCGUCAGUUAUAACGAGAGCUCUGGGUACUGCUGAAACUAAAACGAACUAUAACACAGAUAAUAAAACUUACGAGAGGCAGCAGCAAGAUUUCUCGCAAACGCAGAAGCAAGUUUGUUGGGAGAAUGACAAUCGGCAAGCGAACAGAAAAUUCUCUGUUACUCUGUACGCCGGUGGGAACACGGAAAUUAAUUCUCAAACCCUGCCAGUUCAACAACAAGUGCAACGAGUGUUAAAUGUACCCGACAGGCAACAGUAUUUCGAAUCGAAUCAAGUAACGUUGCAAGAUUUAAGUAGCUGUAGAGGAGAUCCUAUGAGCAUAGUGAAAAAUUUACAAACUAUACAACAGAGUUCUUGUCAAGUGCAGCAGCAGCAGCAACAGCAGCAACAACAGCAGCAGCAGCAGCAGCAGCAGCAGCAGCAACAACAACAGCAGCAGCAGCAGCAGCAAACCGCGGUUUCCGUUGCUCCAGCUGAACAGCAGAAACAAGUGGAAGAACGACGCAAAGUGGAUCCUGCGAACAAGAAAAGAAAAAGCCUAGAGAAGAGCGGGCACAAUUCUUUAAACGAGAUAAGCGGAACAGCGACGAUGACGGAAUAUUUAAGUAGGAUACCGCCGCCGGCGCAUCAUAACACGAAUCAGCAGCAACAGAAUGGUUACUUUGAUUUUGAAAGAUGGAAUUUGCCUCCACCUUCGGCCAAAAUGUUCCCCGCUGCGUCAGGCGCGUUCAGUUCCCAAUCGACGUUGCAUCAUUCAAGUAAUUUCGUCGGUACACCGGCGCAUCAGCAUCAAUCCCUGAUGGUACCGCAUCAUCACGCACCUCCUGCUAUCCCGUAUUUCCCUGCCUUUCAUAUUCCUCCGAGCCAUCAUCACCCACACGAAUUUCAAUCCUCCGUCGAGAUUACUUCAGUCGGUUUCGGCGAUAAUGCACCAAAUCAAAAUACUAAUUACAAUCAAGAAAUACGAGACGAUCAGCCUAAGGUAAUCGUUCCUAAUAUCGAAGAAGAGUUAGGCUUCCUGCAGCAGAAUCAGCAGACAGUUCAAGCAUCGAACAUAUUGAACAAAGAUUUCAAGCCAUCUAACAAAGAUCCCAGUUCGGGUUUCAUGACUAGUUAUUUGAAGUUCUUGCAAGGCGAGAGGGAUCCUUCGCCCCCAGCUGCGAUACGUGGCGGUAGGAAAGCAACAUGGAACAGGUCAAAACCUUAUAUUCCCGUGGAGCAGAAUAAGCCUAAAGAAAGUUCGAUGAAUGGAGAAAUAGUGAAGCCACAGCCGGAGAAGCCGCCUCCACCUAAAGAAACGCCAGUAAUCGAUUACACUAACGAUCCCAGGUACUUCCCUUUACCGAAGGAACGGAAGAAACCAAAUUUCGACUCGAGCGAUGACGGUUUCACGAGCGACGACGAUUUCCUUUUUGCCCCGAAGAAAUGUGACAAGAAAGUAGUGAAUACAAGUACGAUAGAAGCCGACGUGAAGACGGAAGGUAAAACGAAAAAAGGAAGGCCAAUUAAACCUGGAGGACCAACGGAUAGAAAAAGACGGGCUGCAGCAGCGGCCGCUGCAGCGGAGGCAGCGAUAAUUACGAGUGGCAGAAGUAAAAAGUUUGAAGAAGAUCCUUUACUUUUGCCACCAAGACGAGAAACGUCCAGAAGAAAAGCGAAAGAGAAAACGUCGGUGAAACAGUUCUUAGAUCGACAACAGGGUAUAGAUUACUUUGAUAAUGACGAGGAGCAAGGCGAUUCUGAUUCCGAUCCUGCGUGGACGCCUGCUGUGAAAUUGGUCGGAGACGAAGAGGAGAAGAAGAAGAAGCGCGGGAGACCUGUUAUUAGUAGGAAAAGUAGAAGAAUUCUAGACGAAGACGACUACUCGUCCAGCGUAGUCGUUGUUUCGAAGAAGUCUGGUCGAAAGAAACAUGAAACGCCGUCGAAAACUUCGAACGUUACGGGGAAGUUGUCUUGCAAAAUAGAUGAGAAACUCCUGGCUUCUAUUAGCGAUGAGGACAUAGACAUCUCACCAUUUAAGCGUACUGAGGAUGAAUUAGAUGAUAUGUCUGGAGAAUUUGUCGUAAUGAAGACAGAUCUAGGCGAAGAAUAUCCACCCCUUUGGAGAAUAGAUGGGAAGACGUUAUUGCAAAAAUACGAGCCGUUCGAAUCUAACGGGAGAACCUUAUACCGCAACAUAUCCACGUACUCGGGUUGGGUACCGCAAAAUAGACAUAUAUAUCAACAAGCUCCAGUUAAAUUUUGGCAACAGAGUAAAAUGGAAACUGUAGUGGAGUUUCUGAGGGACGAAAUGAUCGUAGACGAUAACGAAUGUAUUAAUAAAUCCAUGAAAGAAAACGAAAAGUAUCAAGACAAUUUCGAAGUCUACAUUCAAACGUUAAUAUCGCAAGCUUUGGAUUCGAAUUUCCUCCCAGAAAUAUUUCAGGAACAAGAUGAUUAUUUUUUAUCGAACGUUAAGACUGUCGAUGAAGUGACAGAAGAGAGAAAACAACGUCUCCUCCGCACAACGGAAUGGCGACCGAACGUUGUAAAUGCAAUAUCAACCUGGCCUUGUCUUAACGUUCUUAAGGACUUGUCUUCCGCGGAGUACAAGGGAAAAUCCUGUGCCGGGUGCCAGCAGCCUAAAAUUCAUGCCAGAGUUUUGUUAUACGGUCAACCUUAUAACGCAACCACGUUAGAAGGUUCUCCACCCGAUCCCAGAAUACCACAAGAAAAGGAUUUUUUGUUAUGUCGGGUAUGCCAAGCGAAAGUAGCCUUGUAUAAUAAGGUAGCGCAUCAGAAGUAUUUGAUGUUUUUGGAAUGUGCAAGGAGAGUGGCAGAUAAACGAGUGGCAGACCCAAAUAAAGAUACUACUAUAAUAUUGAAUGAAUUAUUAGCGGAUGAAGCGUGGUUGAAUCAAUUGUUUAAAGACGUGCGGUCAAUCUGGGCGGAAAUAGAUAAUUUGGAGCAUCACGCCAAAACAAAGUCCAGUUUGAGAUCGAUGUUCCCCAGUACGACAAAUAACGUCGAGGAGAAAAGUGAAAAUGUUUUGAUAACGCAACCAACGGAGGUGACUGUUCAUACCUCCAAUUCACAGGUGCCUACACAAAAAACUGAAGACAGUUCUGAAACAGUGUCUUGCGACGUGCAAAUGAGCAGUAUGCCAUCUUAGUGGUGCUAUGAUAAUCGAAAUUGGUUCUGUUUAAUCGAACGUCUCAAGACCAUUAAGAUUUAGUGGUUAAUCGAUUUAAUGGACAAGAAAUUAAAUGCCAGCCUCGAGACCAAACAAUCUGAGAUUGUAUUUUGAGGGAUGGUAAAUGUUUAAAUCGAGAUGCCGUAUGCUGUGACGAAUGGUGAAGUUAAAUGUUAAUUUAUAAUCAAGAAACUGUAGCUCUACUUUAGCGAUAAGAAAUAGCCAGUGGCGGAAGGUGAGUAAAGAGAUCCGGGUAUCAGGCAUAUGUAAAAUAUUCACCCUCCCGCGUAUAAAUUAGCAAUGAGUCGAAAUUUUGCCAUCUUAGUAGCAUAAUGAUAAAGAUUUACGAAUGUUCGUGUGCAUAGACAAUUAGUUCUAGUAUUUCUAUCAUGAUGAUCUGAACAUGAUAACAAGGUCUACAUCCGAAUCGGAUAAAUAAUUUUCAAAUUAUUGACUAGAAAAGACAAAUGAUUUUAAGAUGUUAAGUGAUACGACGAGUAUAUCGUCGAUGCAACCUCGUGUAAAAUAUCGCGUACAUCACACUAUUCGCUGCAACGUGCAGGAACUGUUAUACCGUUUGUUCCUCUAAUUUUAACUGUGAAUUUCAUUACACAUUUCCUUUAUACUGUAGCUUCUCCGUCUUUCUUUAAGAUUUUAACGAAUGCAAACAAUAUUUAUGUUCGUUCAACGUGUAUAUAAGCGGAUAAUACAGCUAUGAAGUAUCAUGUAUGAAGUGCGUGAAACCUAAGUAUUCCGGGAUAUAAUUCUUUUAAGGAAUGCAAUAUUUUAAAAGAAUGCGUCGUUCUCUUUUCAGAAAACGAUAGAUACCUUUAGAACAAUUGUACAAAAUACGUUUGAUAGAAUUAGGAGUAUCGCUCUAUUCUGCACUUUUGAUUCGUUAAGUACAUACAUAUAUUAAUUCUUCCAUUGCUUAAAUAAUUCGAUACUGAAUUUCUAAGUUCUUCCAUAUUGAAAUGUAACAUUUACAAAAGCAAUUCCGUUCUCAUUUUAUCGAUCCACGAACAAAUUAUUAUUAAAAUCACUUUAGAUAACUUAUUUUUGUGAAUAAUCUUACGAAUCUAAUAACGUAUCGUGUAUGGUGUACGAAUGAAUGUUGCAUAAAAAAAUGUAUCUAUUUUCAUAGAGAUUCUGGUAAUAUCAGUGCUUUAAGGUCUUUUUGAUCUUACGACCGAAAUCACAUUUUUUACUAUUUACCCUAUAAUCAAAAAAUUUUUAUGUCGUAUUUUCCUUUUCAAAAGUUUCUGUAUUAGAUUGAACAAACUAUGGGAAAGAUGUAAUGAUAAACAUCGUAUGAUUAGACUGAUUCAGAAGAUCGUUUCUGUUUUUCUUAGACUAAAUUUGUAGCGGAUUUAAAGAUUCGAUGAUUGCAAUAGAUAUUUUUAUCUAACAUUACGAUAUAAUUUUAGGAAAAGGGACAACGUUUCGUUGUAAAUUUUAAUCAUAAAACGUUUCUUCUUUUUUUUAUUAAGUACGCUUCUAUAGAUGCCUAUCGAUAAUGACAGAUCACUAAAAAUAAAGUAAUAAUUGCUAAUUAACGCAUUUUUGUACAUUAAAUACUAUACCCCGAAUUACAUUAUCAAUAUUAUUAUUACGUUAUAACUAUUGUCAUAUGUUUCAUUAUAGUUAUGAUCAUUGUUUAAAUUUUAAGUUUUCCUAUGUUUCUAAUUUUGUUAAAAACAAUCUCUCGGAAAACGAGAGAAGAGGGGUGAUAAUGCGUGUGUGGCACGAAUGUAUUUUUAAAAGACGAUAUAUCAAAGUAUAUUUGUAAAUGAGAAAAAUGCGAUAUAAUAGGAACAAAUGACUGGACAAACCUGUAUGACUUAAACUUUGAUAUACGUACUAAUAACGAAUUGAAGUUAUUAUACAUAUUAGCGAUUACCGUCGGAUUGCCGAGUUGUAUAAUAAAUUAUUGGAGAAUUCUAUUAACUUGAAAUCUAAAAGGAACGGGCAUUUGAUCAUUGACGCAGUAACAAUAAAGGAAAGUAUGCAGUUAACAAAUUUCUUUUAAAACACAUGUGCCAUUUCAUAUCGAACAAACGCUGGUGCUAUGUAUAUACGUUUGUAUAAUUAGAAUAGAGCAUGUUAUACAGUUGUUUAUUUAUUUAUUGUUUGGAUCAAUUAAGAUAAUUUUAUUUUUAACUGGAAGUGCAUUAAAACUUCAGUCAUUUGUUUCAAGCAGCAAUAUUUUUGAUAAUUUUGACAGACAAUUGCGAACCACGUGCGUACGUAGCAUCAGCUUGAAAAAUGUUAUUGUCGAUGUUACAGAAAGGAAUUACUAUUAUUGUUAUACUGUGCUUUCUUUUAAAAUCAAAGAGUGUAUAUUUUCUUUGUUCAGUUGUAAGUCGAUUAGUUUCAUUACGACGAUCUGUACAGUUUCUUAAUGAAAAAGUUACAGUAUUUCUGUUACUACCACUUUAAAAAGGAAUUACCAUAAAAAUAUAUAUUAUAUCAAAGUAUUACUUGGAUAA